AUGGAGGAGGUGUGCAUGAAGGAAAUAUGUCUGAGGGAGAUAUGCAUGAAGGAGAUAUCAAUGAAGGAGAUAUGUAUGAGGGAGAUAUGUAUGAGGGAGAUAUGCAUGAAGGAAAUAUGCAUGAAGGAGAUAUGUAUGAGGGAGAUAUGUAUGAGGGAGAUAUGCAUGAAGGAGAUAUCAAUGAAGGAGAUAUGUAUGAGGGAGAUAUGUAUGAGGGAGAUAAGCAUGAAGGAAAUAUGCAUGAAGGAGUUAUCAAUGAAGGAGAUAUGCAUGAAGGAGAUAUGCAUGAAGAAAAUAUGCAUGAAGGAGAUAUCAAUUAAGGAGAUAUGCAUGAAGGAGAUAUGCAUGAAGGAGAUAUCAAUGAAGGAGAUAUGCAUGAAGGAGAUAUCAAUGAAGGAGAUACGCAUGAGGGAGAUACGUACGAAGGAGAUAUGUAUGAAGGAGAUAUUCAUGAAGGAGAUAUGCAUGAAGAAUGUAUGA